GAGCCAGCCCGGGCCGAUCGACAACUUCGAGCACCUGUGCCCGCACGGCAAGCUGGGCUCCAGCUCCUCGGAGCUGGCCGCCGAGCCCUUCAUGCCGAUCUCCCGGAGCGUGUUCCAGGAGCUUGUGCAGAAGUACGGCGGCGGGCCCGCCGUGCGCGCCCUCGAGGUCUGCCCGAG